GAAUAUGUAGUAGAAAUAGUAGAAUAUGGCUAUGUAUAAGUAUAAAUACAGUACAUUUGCAAAUAAAUAGAACACUAUGGGUGGGGUAGUGCAAUUGUCUGGGGAGGGAAGUGCAGCUGGGGAUGUCUGCCUCCUUGUUGACCCUGUCAAGGUUGCAAUGGUCGUGGACACCUCAACAGGCACAGAAUAAGAUGGAGGACCAGGAGUAUUUCAUGGCUGUGGCUUUCCUCGCUGCAAAACAGAGCCCGGACACUAACUCUAAGGUCGGGGCCUGCAUUGUGAACACGGAGAAGAAGAUUGUGGGCAUCGGCUACAAUAGGAUGCCAAUUGGCUGCCCCGCUGGAUCGCUGCCCUGGGCUCGAGACAAUGUGGACCCACUGAACAAUAAAUAUAUGUAUGUGUGCCAUGCUGAGCUGAACGCCAUCAUGAACAAGAACUCGGCAGAUGUGAAGGGCUGCACCAUUUAUGUGUCCCUGUUCCCCUGCAAUGAGUGUACCAAGAUAAUCAUCCAAUCAGGUAUAAAGGAUGUGAUUUAUUUGUCAGAUAAGUAUCACAACAAGACAGAGGUGAUUGCCUCCAAAAGAAUGCUUGACUUGGCAGGAAUCCCAUACAGCACAGCAUACAAUGGCUUCUGGGGAUCGUCUGGUGCCCAAACAACACACUCGGCAAAAUGGGCACCUCCCACCUGGGCCUCCACCUGCGCCUCCACCUGGGCCUCCACCUGGGCCUCCACCUGGGCCCAAACCUUCAGUUUUGCUGCGGCAUCAGCUCGGCUCAGAGAAGCACAUUCCCAGCUGUCUAUACUCCACGAUCUCAUGACCAGUGGUCUUUGGACCGCAGGGGUCAACGCAGGCAUGCACUGCCACACGUGGGACAUCUGACAUAUGCCCAUGCUGUGUGAACGCACGCACACAUUCACACGCAUGCAUAAACACACACACACACACACGUGUCUUUAGAUGGCUUGUUAGCCAUGUCUGUGGCCUCUUUAUAGCCGUUAGCUUAAGUUCCCUUAAGCCUCUAUUUGUUUGGAGAAGCCUGCUGGGGAGAUGCCAUACCAUCCUUGUAUGGCCUCCUCUGAAGACCGGGUGUGUGAAAGUGUCUUAAAAUUAGCUAUCGUUUUAUGAGAGUCCAAUGGAAAUCUCACCAUAGCGGUAAUUACAGACUUGUGUUAACAUGUGUUGGCAUGUUUGUAUUCUCUGAAAUGCAUUUAUUACAGAGUAGGAUUAUAUAACCUGUACUUCAAUGACCCAUGAAACCCUCUGUCUUGUAAGCAUGAGAUUGUGUCUUAGAUUAAAAUGUACAAAUGUAUUCCACUGUCCCAUCCCAAUAAUGACCCUGGACCGGUUCCUUUGAAGUGUAUCCAUGUGAAGGGCUUGAUUUGGUAUGACAGAUCUAUGAGCAGAACUUUGUUUAUUCUCACGGCGUGGCCUACUUUCUACUUUUCCUCCACAUCAAGAAGACAAACACUGGACGACCUCUCAUUAUUGUUACUAUCAGUCCGUUUACUUCUUCACCGCUGAACUUAGAUAAAAUCAUGACCAGAUCUCCCUUCAUGACUGCAUAGGAGGAACUACUUAAAACUUUUGAGAAUGGAGUUGCCGCACUAUGUUACCACACUAUUCAUCUACAUUAAAGUUCUGAAGCUUUGUGUACAUACUUGAGGUACAAACUCAGUUUGUCCUGGACAGGCACC